CAAAAGAAUAGACAUCUAAAGUUAAUGUAACUUAGUUUUCUACUUCGACAUAUUUGAACCACACAAUCUAAGUGAAGAAGAUGGGAUCCAAGACAUCAAGACCAGUUGAUCCCCCUUCGGUGGAACCGUUGCCACCGACCAGCGAUGAAAGAUUCAUAGAUGUCCUAGUGCAUGGAUGCCAUUCUGUAGACUUGGGACAGGUGAAGCUCCAUCAUGAUUGCCAUAAAGACUUCACCAGACCCAUGUGUUCAAAAUGUCCAAUCGUCCUGUUCGUUUUAUUCCGUUUCGGAGUGGCUGGAUACUCCUUUGUCUUCCUUAUCUAUCACCUGGCGCGGGAAAUAAGUGGUAAAAUUGGCGCCAAAACAUUCAUCUACCUCGAAACCUGGACCUACGUGUGUAUCACUAUCUACCUCCUUCUCUCGUUUAUGAACGUAGCUAUUGAUGUAUACAAGGAAUCCAGAGGAUGGAUUCUUGCUGUUACGACAGGGCAUACUCCGUGGCGUUUUAAACUACAAUGGCUUUUCUUUAACAUCUCUCUAUCAUCUUCUUGUGUCGGAGGCAUCACAUUCUGGGUGUGGGUGAUCGUGACAGGUAUACUACCAACAACUCAAGCCUAUGACAUCAUCAAUCUACACGGAAUGUGGAUCAUCAUCGCUGUCCUUGAAGUCGGUAUCGUAACACUGCCCCUCCGUUUUGAGCACAUCGUCUACCCACUCGCUUACGGCGUUUUCUACCUCAUCUUCGCGCUCAUCUACUGGGCAGCAGGAGGAACUGAUCCCUACGGUAACCACUAUAUAUACGUCUUUCUGGACUUUGGUCGGCAUCCUGUCCGGUUGAUAUUUGUAGUAGCCGGAGAAAUUAUUGGAAUGUUCCUUAUUCAUGGAUUCUUUACGCUCUUCUUCCUCUAUCGGAAGAAGAUAUUUGCAAAAUGCAAAUGCUAUCCGAUCGAAGAAAUAACAGAAGACGAUGAGCUUCAAGCUGUCUCAACAAGAUAUGGAACGACAACAAGUGAACAAAGCAAGUAAUAAUAAGAGAGGACUCCUUUGACUUCAAGUGUGGAGAAAGAAAGUGAUCUGUGCUUUAACAAAAGAUCGAUAGACUAGAUCAUUUCUCAAACGAAUGCCACCUGCAUGGAAACUUCCUCUCUGUCACAAUAGCUUGUUUUUCUAUUAAGUCUUUUUUAAUACAUAGAUGUAGAAGCUCUAAGAAGAUUGUGAAAGUAAACAACUUUAACAUUUGCACUUGACAGUUGAUCUGAAGUUUUUGAAGUUUAUCAUAGUCAAGAAUGAACAGUUAUUUCUAUUCCACUGUACUGUACGGGGGUGAUAAUUAUGUAGCAGAGGCGUAAUAAUCAUCAUUGGAUUAUUGAAGUGAGGUUUUGACUGAAUGUGAUGACGACUACUUCGAUAGAAGCUCAACCACUGAAUAUGAAAAUUCCCAUUUAUGAAAAUCGUGUAUUUAAUUGAAAUGGUUUAUUAGGAAAACAUAUUAGGAGCCAAAGACUGAAUUGCGAAAUCCUUAGCAAAGUAAAAUACAAAUUGCAAACAACAAUAUCACAUCAAAAUGCGUUUAGCUCUCACACGAAAACAAUUCUAAACCUAAUAAAAGAAGACGAUGAAUUGUAAUAUAUGUCUGAACAUUUUGCAAUUAUCAUAAGAACCACAACAAUUUGCCAUUUCUGUUCUGUUUCUACCAAACAGCGAAUUAACCGAUUCCUCCAAAAAAUACCUCAACCUACUUGUCCUAAAGUUUUUGCUAAA